AUGAAUACAAGCGACGGUGCGCCUCAAGUUCCUUCGACUUCAUCUUACAAUCAUCAGGAACAGUCUAAUCUAAGUUUUGCGAUGCCGGAAAACCCCGUUAUCAAUAACACAGAAGCACAACACAAAAACUUCAAACUUCAGCCACCGAAUCAACAGUCAUGCUUUAUUCGCAGCUCAAACGGAGCUAACGCGUACAUUAACAACAGCAUAAAUGCACAUAUGAACAUGUUAAAUGUUCCGACAUGGCCUAGACAAGGUACAGGUGUUCCGCGACUUGUGAAUCCAGCACAAACAUGGAACAACAUUGCUGUAAACAAAGUUAACAAUGGAGGCGCCAAAAAACCAAAGCGUGUGAGAACAGCAUUCACUAGCAAACAAAUGACGGAGCUAGAGCAAGAAUACACUCUCACAAAAUACCUGGACCGGGCACGUCGCUUGGAGCUGGCGGACAUUUUACAGCUCAACGAGAGGACUAUAAAAAUAUGGUUCCAGAAUAGAAGAAUGAAAGAGAAAAAGAUUUUAACGGAGCACCUAGAAGAGUCUGAAGCAACCAGCACAACUGCUUCUUCACCAGACUUAGGCCCGCUUCCAAUGUAUCACAACAAUACAUUCAGUGACCUAAUGCUUACUGAACAAAACCAACCAGCACAAUAUUCUUUGGUUGUGCCGAUGCAUGGACUACAAACGUUACUUCAACCUCAGACAGCAAAUGGAAUCGGUGCCAGUUCAACAGGAGCUCCCGGGACAGAGCUCCAACAAUUAACAUUACAAGAGUUUGAGGUUAAUCAGCCUACUGGAAGUUCAAUGCAAGCGAGCACACCACCCGUGCCGAAUUCCAAUAACAUGACGUGGGACUCAUCCUGGAUUCACAGUAUGAACACCGAGAGUGAAUAUUGA